CCCCUCGGAGGAGCUGCCCCACGCAGCCACCGGCCUCAGGAGAGCCUGGAGCCCGCCGAAGGGAGAAGCCAGCCGGGACUGGCAGGGCCGAGCCCGGAUCCGCUCGUGUGACAGGAGCCUCCCGGGAUCUCCUCCUUUUGCCUCCUGCGGGGAGAGCGAGGCGGACCGAGGGGGCGUCCGGGGCUGCCCUGGCCUGGACGGAGCUUCUCCUCGAAAUAGCCAGGGGGCUCGAGAAGAUCCGCAGCUGGACCUGCGGGGUUGCUUUUCUCUCUUCUUUCCAGAACAAACGGAGAGAUUUUUUUUAAAUUAGUUCUAUCAAACCCUCCAAUCUGAUAAGACUUCUAAAAAAGUUUUAUUUUGACCAUUUGACGCAGAGCCUGCUCCGGGGGAAGAAACUUCUCUUUACAGCUGGAGGAGAAAGGAAGCGGCCCUGCUUCUGGAAACAACCUGGAUUUGCUUCUGGGAUAACAGACACUUCCUGUACUGUUUUGGAAUAUACGAAUUCAAGGUCAGAGAGGAACAGGUUUGAGAGUAGCCCAGGGAAUCUAGACUUCUUUUUCUGUUGGGAACUGAUGUUGAAGAAGAGCUGACACGCCGAAAGCGGAAAGAUCUUCUUUGCCAGACGCAACAUGGACGCGUGGGCCAGAAUAGCCAUGUGGAUCCUUUGUGGCUUCCUUCUGCAGCAAGGACAAGGGGAGAGGCCCCCAGGCACCCACCUGGAUGAUGCCACAAUUGCAGAAUUCUGCCGCAUCGACCAGCCCUUGUGCCACGAUGAAGACGAACAGCUCAGCUUUGAAGCUGUCCUCAACAUCCACAAGCAGAUGGACGACGAUGCCAACGGUGAUGUGGACGUGGAGGAGAGUGACGAGUUCCUGAGAGAGGACUUGAAUUACCAUGACCCAACAGUCAAGCAUAGCACCUUCCAUGGGGAGGAUAAGCACAUUAGCGUUGAAGACCUUUGGAAGGCGUGGAAGGCAUCUGAAGUAUACAACUGGACUGUUGAUGAGGUCGUGCAGUGGCUGAUCACCUACGUAGAGCUGCCACAGUAUGAAGAGACCUUCAGGAAGCUGCAGCUCACUGGGCAUGCCAUGCCAAGGUUGGCAAUCACCAACGCCACCAUGACAGGAACUGUCCUGAAGAUGUCCGACAGGAGCCAUAGGCAGAAAUUGCAGCUCAAGGCCUUGGACACGGUCCUCUUUGGGCCGCCUCUUUUGACCCGUCAUAACCACUUGAAAGACUUCAUGCUGGUGGUGUCCAUUGUGAUUGGUGUGGGCGGCUGCUGGUUCGCUUACAUCCAGAACCGCUACUCAAAAGAGCACAUGAAGAAGAUGAUGAAGGACCUGGAAGGUCUCCACAGAGCUGAGCAGAGUCUUCACGACCUCCAGGAAAGGCUACAGAAGGCCCAGGAAGAGCACCGCACUGUGGAGGUAGAGAAGGUCUCCUUGGAGAAGAGGCUGCAGGACGAAAUCAGCAUCGCUAAGCAGGAAGCUCACAGGCUCCGGGAGCUGCGGGAAGGGACAGAGAACGAACUCAGCAGGCAGAAGUACGCGGAGCAGGAGCUGGAGCAGGUCCGCAUGGCACUCAAGAACGCAGAGAAGGAGCUGGAGUCACACAGCAGCUGGGCUGCCCCGGAGGCCCUGCAGAAGUGGCUGCAGCUGACCCACGAGGUGGAGGUGCAGUACUACAACAUCAAGAAGCAGAACGCGGAGAAGCAGCUGCUCUUGGCCAAGGAGGGGGCAGAAAAAAUUAAAAAGAAGCGCAACACUCUGUUUGGAACAUUCCAUGUUGCACACAGCUCAUCCCUGGACGACGUGGAUCAUAAAAUUUUAACUGCCAAGCAAGCACUGAGUGAGGUGACCGCGGCCUUGCGAGAGCGUCUUCAUCGCUGGCAGCAGAUAGAGAUGCUGUGUGGAUUCCAGAUCGUCGUCAAUCCAGGCAUCCACACGCUGGUGGCAGCCCUCAACAUCGACCCCACAUGGGUGGGCACUUCCGCGCGGCCGAACACCUCGCACUUCAUCAUGACCGAUGACGUGGACGAUCUGGAUGAAGAGAUAGUCUCUCCCAUGUCCAUGCAGUCACCGGCCCUGUCCAGCAGCAUACGCCAGCGCCUUGUGGACCCCCAGCAUUCCUUGGGAUCUCAGAGGUUGGUAGAGAGUCACCAGAGCACUGGCCAGGGCGAAUCGGGGCCGCCGGUCCACUACCUGCCUGGCAGGGUUACCCUGCGCCGAAUGCCCAGCCUCAGCGGCACCCAGCCUUUCGCCUCCGACGUCCAUGGCAGCAGCUCUGCCGCUGUUGCCAAUUCCGCCUCUGCCGCCUCCUCCGCCUCCUCCUCCUCUUCUGUGUCUCCGCCUUGCUCCUCCGCUGCGGGUCACUCGGCCUCCGCUGCUCCCCCUUGCCACGCAGUCCCCAUCCUUUACCAUCACACCAGCUCCUCUUACAUCCUGCAGAUGGAUGCCCUCCCCAACCUACCCCCUCCAGAUGUCACCUCCGGGACACGCUGUCAGGCCGAGAGCUCCGGAGAUUUAUCACACUCGGACUCAGACUCCUCCAUCCCUCACCUGGGUGACCACCAGCGCACCUCCAGCUCAGCCCCCAGGCUGCUGCCCUCUAGGUCUGCGCUCUUGAACAGGUCCACAGAUGAGGCAGCGGCUGCCUGCAGCCACCCGGCCCUCGGGGCUCCAUUCUCGAGGAGUGGCAGCAGCAACAGGCACAUGGAGCCUUCCUCCCUGCCAGAGCAGCUGCCCGAGAGCCCCAUUGUGAUGAAGAAAGUGAUGAUGCUGAACCACGGCCUGGAAAAGUCGUCCAGCCUGGGGGAGCUCAGCCAGUCCGCAACGGCCGGGGGCCGGCACGCCCCCCACUCCGACUCCUCCCGCUCGCACAGCCCCAGCUCCACAGAGCCCGACACCCCCUCGCCAACAUCCGACUCCCGGCCCAACCACGCCGGCAAGGGCAGCACCCGCAUCCCUCACUUGGCCUCCAAGAAGAACGGGGCAGGCGAGGAAGACAGCGGCUCCACGGGGGAGGAGACCGACUCUGGCCAGGGCAAGAAGAAGUUCCCGCUCAAGAUCUUCAAGAAGCCCAAGAAAUAGCCAGGGGGCGCAAGGAAGAGGGGAAACCCUAAUGGGACAAGACCCCCACCCACCGGCAAUGGGGCAGGGGAGGGAGAGCACCUUAGGGGCAGGGGCAUGCACCGGCCUCCCCCCCCCUGCCCCUCCCUCCCUCUGCUCCCCUUUCACAGCUGCUGGAGGAGGAGCUGGGUAAAGCCUAUUUAUUUCAUGACCUAGGCUGGCCGCCUUUCUCAUAUGUGCUGGAGAGGGAGACCGACCCUUGCUUCCGUGCAUGGCUUCAGAUAAACUCUCCCCCCCACCCCCUUUGCUCCACUGGAUCCACCCCCCCCGCUGUGUCCACAGUUUUCCUUGCCCCAGCAGCCCCUCGCCGCCCUGCAUGCCCAGGUUGCUCCUCUCCCGGUUCAGCUGUGAGUCCACGGCAGCAGCAGCGGAGUUUUUGAAUGUGGGGGUUGUUGCAUUGGGAGGGGGGGGGAAGCAGCCUUGCUCUGCUGUGACUCGGGUUUGGGGUGAAGGAGAGCUGUGCCUCCACCUUAGGGACUAGCCUCCUCACCUCAAGCAAUGGGAAGAAGGUGCAGCAACAGAGCUGCCCCUGGGAAGGGUUGGGAGAAAGGAGGUGAUUUCCGUCAGCCAGCAGCCUGGUAGCCCCUCAGGGGAAGGGAGGCAGGCAGGGCAGGACUUGCCGCUGUGCUGCUUCUGUCUCGGCCUCCUGCCCUGUGCUGCAUUUCACUCCUCGAGACUGUGGGCCCUUCUUUCCGCUGUGUGUGACGGAAAUAGGCAAAAGGGGCACAUUUAGCCGCAGCUCUGUGGGCCCAGAGGCCUUGAGGGUACAAAGAGCUGCCCCCGGAUCAAGGAGCACGGUUGGGGUCCUCCCAGCAGCAGCAGCAGCAGAGCACCACCCACCCCACCAGCGUGUCACCUCCUUCUCUAGGUAGGAAGAACAUCUCCUUUAGAGGAAGCUGCUGCCAGCAUGGCUUGGCUUGGCGGCUCCUCAUGGCAGCGGAUUGUUUGGGGUGAGCGGGGAUAGGGGGCGGCUCUGGCUUCAGCAGGAGGGGGCACCACGUUACCCAGCUGAAGAAACCUUUGCAGUAGCUCCCCCCCAAUGCACCUCUUGGUUGGUCUCCAUCUCCGGAGCAUCUGUGCUAGCGAGGUGGUGCCAACCUUGCAGGUGCUGCCUCCUUGUGAGAAAGGGGCGAGGUCAGAGUUGGCAUGCCUACCACUAGCCAACAGAGCCAACUCAUUUGCCUCGCUCGGCCUCCUCUGUGAGUAGCCCAGUGGAGGAGACCGCUUGCCUUCCCAGGUAGGGUGGCUCCUUUGGGGCUUGUGUAAGGGGGAGGCAGGAGAGAAGAGGGACUGCCCCUUGUUCCUGUCUUCCGUCUCCUUUGCACUUUAGAGUUAGGGUGAAAGUGGAGCAUUGGGGCUGCUAGUGCAACCGUUUGAUGGCUACACAGAGCUGCACAGGCACUUAG